AUGCCAGCUCUUCAGCGAUCUGCGUUUACUGAGGCCAUACAGAAGCAUGACCCGAAGAGUACAGCGGUGGUACACUCUCGGUCGGGGCGGACGUUCAAGUAUGGGGGGCUGUUGCAGGACAUCGCUGCUGCCAGAGACACGCUGUUGGAGUCGACAGGCAAGAGCGAGGAGAGCAUCAGAGGGGAGCGGAUAGCGUUUUUGGUGGAGAACAGCUAUGACUAUGUAGGUGCGCGACUGUCAGAUUCAACUACUCACUGCAACGGAAAAGACGUAGGCUGAUAUCUCGGUUGGUAGUGACCCUUCUUGCUUGUCUGGCGUCCAAUGCCAUUGCCGUUCCCCUCGCACCUUCUUUUACUCCCGGAGAACUUCGGUAUAGUCUAAACCAGAGUGAGGCUGUUGCCCUCCUUCACUCAGGGAAGUUUGAGAAGAUGGCAAAUGAGAUCCUCAAAGAAGGACUUGAGCGACCACCCGCCCGCGUAGCAAUGGCGAAGAUUCUAUCUCAAGACCAGGGAACACAGCAGGAGAUAGAGCUCACUGGACAGGCUGACAAGGCAGAAGGUGGAAUGAUGCUCUACACAUCUGGAACAACCGCAAGGCCGAAAGGCGUUCUGCUGCCACACAAAGCGCUCGUUGCUCAGGCAAAAAGCUUGCUUGAAGCAUGGGACUACACCCCCAAGGACCAUCUACUUCACGUUCUACCUCUUCAUCACAUCCACGGCACAGUCAACGCGCUGCUCACGCCCAUCCUCGCCGGCAGCACAAUCGAGUUCAUGUUCCCCUUCAACGUGGAUGCAGCAUGGAACCGCUUCGCAGCUCCGUUCCUCCCUAACGGGGAUAGAAAGCCCAUCACCUUCUUCACCGUUGUGCCAACCAUCUGGGCCCGAAUGCUGCAAUCACAUCCUGGCCUACCAGAAGACCUGCAGAAAGCCGGCGACCAGGCCAUCAAGCGAGAAAACCUUCGUCUCAACAUCUCUGGAUCUGCGGCCCUUCCAACACCCACCAAAAGGGCCUGGACAGAUCUCUCCUCCGGCAAUGUCCUCCUAGAACGCUACGGCAUGACAGAAGCCGGCAUGGCACUGUCCUGUGGUUUAGAUGACUCCGACCGCAUCGACGGCUCCGUCGGCUGGCCUCUACCUUCCGUCCAAGCCCGCCUCAUCGACACCGACACCAACGAAGACAUCACAGAUCACAUAUCCACCGAAGGCAAAGAUAUUUCCGGUGAAAUCCAACUCAAAGGCCCCACCAUUUUCAAGGAAUACUGGAACAACCCCGAAGCCACCGCCAAAGAAUUCACACACGACGGCUGGUUCAAAACCGGCGACAUCGCGCUUCGCAGAGAAGUCAAAGGUGCCGGACUGGGCAAGAGUGGAGAAUGGGCCAGAGGACCAGCCUGGUUCAUCCAGGGAAGGAAAUCCGCAGACAUCAUCAAAACCGGGGGCGAAAAAGUCUCCGCGCUGGAAAUCGAACGCGAACUGCUUUCUUUACCAGAAGUAAACGAGUGCGCUGUCGUUGGGCUUCCCUCUGCCGCAUGGGGCCAAAAGGUAGCCGCCGUCAUCGUUCUCUCGGAAAAGGGCAAAUCCGCGGGCAAGGGUGGCAAGGAAUGGAGUGCGCUGGACAUGCGACGUGCUCUGCAUGGCAAAUUGGUAGCCUAUAAAAUUCCGCAGGAUAUGAAGGUCGUGGAAGAGUUGCCGAGAAAUGCAAUGGGCAAGAUCAACAAGAAGGAAUUGGUUCCGAAGGUUUUUGGGGAUUCGGAGAGGAUUCGACGGCGGAGUGUGCUUGUUGCCGAGGAGAGGUUGAAUGCUAAGGCCAAACAGCAGACCGAGCAGGCGCAGGCGAACGGGGGAGCGGCAGAUGGGACGAAAUGA